AUGUGUAUGGUUAUAUUUGCUCCGAUUUUUGCCAUCUGUGCUUUUGCAACAUGUGGAGGAUACCAUGGUCAUCUCCAGGUUAAAGUGGACUGUGCAGACAGGCGGCCGAGCAACCACAGCAUCAACAUUGAUUUCGGUUAUCCUUUCCGAUUACAGCAAGUGCAUUUCCAAGCUUCGCUGUGCGAGGCGAGAAGGAAGGAGGUUCUGUUCCUGGAUGGCGACCUCUCUUCAGCCGCUCAGUUUUUCGUGACAGUGGGCGUCUUCGCGUUCCUCUACUCCCUGCUAGCGACCAUCGUCUACGUGUUCUACCAGAACAAGUACUUGAGGAACAACAGAGGCCCUCUUGUGGAUUUUGUCGUCACAGUCAUCUUCUCCCUCAUGUGGCUGGUCAGCACCUGUUGUUGGGCCAAAGCUCUGUCUGAUAUUAAGACGGCCACAAACCCAACGCAGGUGCUUCUGCUCAUCUCAGCCUGCAGAGCUCAGGAAAACACAUGCACAGUGACCCAGGAGCCUCUUUGGUCACGUCUGCACACAUCUGCGGUUUUCGGUUUCGUUAACGUGGUUCUCUGGGUGGGGAAUAUUUGGUUUGUAUUCAAAGAGACAGGCUGGUACAAGACAGGUCAGAGAUACCCGACCAGGAGUGCAUCUGGGAAACGCUCCAGCCAAAUGCGACAGCGGCUCUACAGCGAGAGCAGCUUCGACCAGCCGGAGGAGAGUCGUGGUCAGUCCCAGUUCUCCAGGCAAGGCAGUUUCAACCAGUCAAAGGGAGACGCUGGUCCGCAGGUCCACAGACAAGCCAGCUUCAGCCAGUCACAAGUAACACUCAGCUUACCACAGACGUAUUUGAAUAAACCGGUGAUUUAUGAGAAUAAAGGGGCUUCUCAAGGGCCCAAGAUAUUUGUCAAUGAGAUGUGA